GCCGAGAGCUUUUCCUUUGUGUUCGGGCCCGGCCAUCGGCCUGAGAAGCGCUUCCGGGUCGCGGCGCCGGAAGUAGGAAGUUGUUAGCCCAUCCUCCUCGCCCGGCGGCUUGUGUCCCCGAGGCGGGAGGAGCCCGAGAGGGCGCGGGCCCGCAUGGACUUCAUUUUGGAAGACAUGGAUCUUGCUGCUAAUGAGAUCAGCAUCUAUGACAAACUUUCAGAGACUGUUGAUUUGGUGAGACAGACAGGCCAUCAGUGUGGAAUGUCAGAGAAGGCAAUCGAAAAGUUUAUCAGACAGCUGCUGGAAAAGAAUGAGCCUCAAAGAGGACCACCCCAGUACCCUCUCCUUCUAGCCGGGUAUAAGGUCCUCCUAACUCUGGGAUUAAUCUUGUUCACUGCCUACUUUGUAAUUCAACCUUUUAGCUCAUUAGCACCUGAGCCAGUGCUUUCUGGAGCUCACACCUGGCGCUCGCUCAUCCAUCAUAUUCGGCUGAUGUCCUUGCCCAUUACCAAGAAGUAUAUGCCAGAGAAUAAGGGCAUUCCUCUGCGAGAGGAGGACAAGCCCUUACCAGACUUUGACCCCUGGUCAUCGAAUGAUUGUGAGCAGAACAAGUCAGAGCCCAUCCCUGCCAACUGCACUGGCUGUGCCCAGAUAUUACCCCUCAAGGUAACGCUCCCAGAGGAUACGCCGAAGACUUUUGAGAGACUCCGUCCUCUGGUGAUCAAGACUGGACAGCCUCUGUUGUCUUCAGAGAUUCAGCGUUUCUCAUGCCAGUAUCCUGAGGCCACAGAGGGCUUCACUGAGGGCGUUUUCACCAAGUGGUGGCGCUGCUUUCCUGAGAGGUGGUUCCCAUAUUCCUACCCAUGGAGAAGACCUCUGAACAGAUCACAGAUUUUACGGGAGCUUUUUCCUGUUUUUACACAACUUCCCUUUCCAAAAGACGCCUCCUUAAACAAAUGCUUCCUGAUCCAGCCGGCACCUGUGGUGGGUAGCAAGAUGCAUAAGGUACAUGACCUGUUUACUGUUGGCAGCGGGGAAGCCAUGCUGCAGCUCAUCCCUCCCUUCCAGUGCCGGAGGCACUGUCAGUCGGUGGCCAUGCCCAUAGAGCCUGGGGAUAUUGGCUAUGCCGGUGCUGCCCACUGGAAGGCCUACAUUGUAGCCAGAGGGACGCAGCCUUUGGUCAUCUGCGAUGGAACCACUUUCUCAGAACUGUGAGAAACAACUGUCCGAAGAGCUGAAGAGCAGGCUGAGAAGAGUGGGGAGGGGGAAUAAAGACGCUGAAACACUU